CUCAGCUCACUGUGCUUAGAAAAUCCCUGCACCUCAUUGAAAUACUCCUUUUCCCAACUUCUAGACAUUGAUUUUCCAAGGUAUAUAGACCAGCUGAAGGAUCUGCCCUUGUGAACGCUGUGAGAGACGCUAGAGAAAAGUCUGGUCCUGCUGACACCAAGUGGGAGAUUAACCAGGUAGCCAUGGUGACUAACCUGCUAGAAAUUGUGACUAACCUGGUAGCAAUGGCCUUCCUGGCCACGGCAGCCUCUGCUGCUACCGCCACAUCAGCAGACAAGGUCCUGAGUAACCAUGCCACCCUCCUGGCUGACAACAGUGCCAGCUUGGCAUUCAGCCUCUAUCAGAACAUUGCCAAAGAGAAGGACAUGGAGAACAUCCUCAUCUCCCCUGUGGUGGUGGCCUCAUCCCUGGGUUUGGUCGCCCUCGGGGGCAAGGCCUCCACUGCUUCUCAGGUCAAGACCGUGCUGAGCGCCGACAAGGUAAAGGAUGAACAACUGCAUGCGGGUCUGGCCGAGCUCCUGGAGGAAGUCACCGACUCCAAGGCCCGCAAUGUCACCUGGAAAAUCAGCAAUCGCCUUUACGGCCCCAGCACGGUUAACUUCAUAGAUGCUUUUGUCAAGAACAGCAAGAAGCAUUAUAACUAUGACCACAGUAAAAUCAACUUCAAAGACAAAAAGAGUGCUGUGAAGUCCAUCAAUGAUUGGGCAGCUAAGUCCACCGAUGGCAAGCUGCCUGAGGUCACCAAAGAUGUGGAGAAGACUGAUGGGGCCAUGAUCAUCAACGCCAUGUUCUUCAAACCUCAUUGGGAUGAACAGUUCCACCAUGCGAUGGUGGACAACCGUGGCUUUCUGGUGCCCCGCUCUCACACCAUUGGAGUACCCAUGAUGCACCGCACAGGUCUCUAUGGCUUUCAUGAGGACACAGUGAAUAAGCUGUUCAUCCUGAGCAUACCCCUAGCCCAUAAGAAGUCCAGCCUGGUAUUCUUCAUGCCCUACAAUGUAGAGCCACUGGAGAGACUAGAGAAGCUGCUGACCAGUAAGCAACUAGACACAUGGAUGGGCAAGCUCAAGGAGACAGCGGUGGCUGUCUCUCUGCCCAAAGUCAGCAUGGAAGUCAGUCACAACAUCCAGAAACAUCUUGGGGCCCUGGGUCUGACUGAGGCUGUGGAUAAGAAAAAGGCAGACCUGUCCAACAUUUCUGGGAAGAAGGACCUGUACCUGUCUAAUGUCUUCCAUGCCUCUGCCAUGGAGUGGGGCACAGAUGGGAACCCCAUAGACACCAGUGUCUUUGGUACUGAUAAGCUGAAGAACCCCAAGUUGUUCUAUGCUGACCAUCCAUUCAUCUUCCUGGUGAAAGACACCAAGACCAACUCCAUCCUCUUCCUUGGUAGACUGGUCCGGCCCAAAGGAGAUAAGAUAAGAGAUGAAUUAUAACACAAUGAAGUCUUAAAAGUAUUUUUCUAGGUAAAGGAAGAAGAGUGUGAAAAUGAAUUGUAGAGUACAUUCCAAUUUGAUAAUCUGUGCCAACAUAGGGCAAAAUGUGUCUGUAUUUUGCAAUGUGUUGUAAAAAGUGCACGUGUGCUCUUCCAAAAAAAUAACAAACUUCACCUUGAAUGGAUUUAAUCCAACACAAUCAUCUACUUGGGAUCCGAACAAAAUUUUGCACUUUUCAAAAAGAUUGAUACUGAGUUUGGAUUCCAGGCUAGUCAUCAUCCCCACAGUAUGUUAGAGUAUUUAAAUUAAGGGUAGAUCCCAGGAUGAAUGUUUACAUUAAGAAUGAUCUCCUAGAACAUUACCUUUAAUGUAUGAUCAGCAUUCUUCCACUGACCAAGUUAAUUUAUUUAUAUUUAAUUUUUUACAUGUCAUAUCCCAAAUGAAUGAAUGCUCGUUUUUCACGAUUGUUUAACUUGAAUUGGAAUCCCAGGAAUUUGUAUUUAGCUGUUUAUUAAAGUAUUGACAAAUCAA